AGAUGAUGUUCAGGAAACACACUGUGACUUUUGACCUCAUCUGAAGAGCCUCUGAGUCAUGAAAAACAAAAAUAAUUCAGCAGAGCCAGACAGAAACUAAAACAGGCGUGACAGAGCCUGCUCUGGUGGCAUGGUGGCUGCUGGGGUGAGGACAGGUCCUGCUGGAGCCCUGAAAACUGCUCAAAAUAACUUCAGAAAUGAUGGCCCAAUCCAUGGAGAAUGUUUUCCUGGCCCUCAGAAAAUCUCCUGCAGCACUAGUGGCCACAAGGCUCUCCUGGUUCUGUCUCAUCUGCUCUGGCUGAGAUCGCUCACUAGACUGGAGCUGUGGCAUGAAGAAUCUUUCAUAUUUAAUAUCUUCAUUACUGUGGCAGCAUUGAAUAUUCACAGAACUUCUGUCAGGGUGCAGCAAAUGUUGUCAGCACUGUGAAAUCAAAGAAAGAGGAGCAGCUGAGAUCAAAGUACCUUUGCUGAGAGGUGGCAGAGCAGCCUCAGGACACCACCAUGAUGGAGGAUCACGCACCUGGCCAGGAAAAACACUUCUCAUCAGGCUAUCCCCUUCAGAUACCAGUCGAUGAUGGAUCGGAUGAGCCUGUUUCUGAAACUUCUGACGCUAAGAGCACCCCAACUACGGAAGAUGCCACAGCACCUUUAGUGGAGGAAGGAGACCACGAGGAUCAGGGUGGUGCGGAACAGCACGGGGAGAUCCCAGAAGGAACCACAGCUGAAGAGGCGGGCGUAGGAGCCACUCCCAACCUGGAGGACCACGCUGCAGGAGAUGCCACUCAAGCUCCAGGCGAGCCGAGCUCUGCAAAGCUCCAGCCUGGCCCUCAGGAGCGUGUGGGAGAGGCACUGAGAGGUGCCAGCCAGCCCCCAGAGCAGGGGCUGGGGCCUCAGCAGCCGCCCCUGCCCCGUGAAGCCAAAGCUCCAGCAGCAGCUCCCACCAGGAUCGAGGUCACCAUCCCAAUCCCCCUGGACAUGUACCAAGGCUCUGGAGGCAGCAGGGACCAGGCAGGCAGAGAAGGCAGCAGUGCAGAGCCAGAGCUGGGCCUGGCAGGAGCAGGAGGCACAGGUGACCUCAAAGAUGGACCCUUGUGUGCCAGAGCCACGAUCAAGGAAGGUUCUGGUGGACGGGAGAGGGAUGAGGACCGGGAUAUUGAUGAAUCUCCUGGGCAGGGUUUGCCUUCCCUUGUGGAUCAGUUUGUUUCUCCGGGACCUGAAAAAGGCUCGUGUCCAGCAGCUGCCCAGGAGACUCGUGAAGAAUCUGAUGGAGAAAACAAGCCCAAAGGUGUCCUCAGAGACACCCCAGGAGAGGCACUUCUGGUCGAAGCUGAGUCACAUAAAGCAGGAGAGGACCAAGAGGAGAAGCGAGAGCUGCUGGGGGAAGGAGGCGCAGACACCGCCCUGCCAGAGCCUUCUGGAAGAGUCUCCCAAAAAGAGGCUGAGCCCAAGGAGGCAGAAGAUUCCGGGCCCGUGCUAGAAACAGCCAAGCUCGCUGCUGAGGUGGAGGAUGCUGUGAAGGAUGAAGAUGCUGCUUUGGGAGAGGCUGUGCCAGCCUCGGGGGGCCGCCGGCCGCCCCGCAGGAAGCCCGGUGGGCCGGCUGCAGACAAGGGCAGUCGUGUCCCUCUGCUCAAAGGUCGUGUUGACAAGGAAGGGACCGAAGCUGAUGAAAAGAAACCCAAGAAAUCCUCACCUUGCCCUGCCAACCCCCCUGGCUCCACUGCCCCCCUCUGGCACGCAGCCCCUGUGAAAGCACCCAGUGCCUCCAAAGCACCCUGCAGCCCUGCCAGUGCCUCCAAAGCACCCAGCAGCCCUGCCAGUGCCUCCAAAGCACCCAGCAGCCCUGCCAGUGCCUCCAGAGCACCCAGCAGCCCUGCCAGUGCCUCCAAAGCACCCAGCAGCCCUGCCAGUGCCUCCAAAGCACCCAGCAGCCCUGCCAGUGCCUCCAAAGCACCCAGCAGCCCUGCCAGUGCCUCCAGAGCACCCAGCAGCCCUGCCAGUGCCUCCAGAGCACCCAGCAGCCCUGCCAGUGCCUCCAAAGCACCCAGCAGCCCUGCCAGUGCCUCCCAACGAGCCUGUCCUGCCACCCCCCGGCCUGCCAGCACAGGAAUGCAGGAAAACAGAGCCAAGGGCCCGGAGGCGCGGGGUGGCUCCAAGACGGGCUCGGCGCGCGCGGGGCAGGCGCAGAGGAACUCCACCAACGCCACCCGCAUCCCGGCCAAGACCCCCACGGCCCCCAAGACCCCUCCCAGCUCCGGCAGAAAGGAGCAGAAAAAGCCACCUCCUGCAGCAGCAAAGACUGAGAAAGGUGAGCAGCCCAAGUCUGGAGACAGAAGCGGUUACAGCAGUCCCGGCUCCCCCGGGACUCCAGGCAGCCGUUCCCGCACCCCCUCUCUGCCCACCCCACCAGCCAGGGAGCCCAAGAAGGUGGCAGUGGUUCGCACGCCCCCGAAAUCCCCGGCCUCCGCCAAGACCCGCGUCCCGCCGGCCGCCGCGCCCAUGCCCGACCUGAAAAACGUCAAGUCCAAAAUCGGCUCCACCGACAACCUGAAGCACCAGCCCGGAGGUGGCAAGGUGCAGAUAAUUAAUAAGAAGCUGGACUUUAGCAGCGUUCAAUCCAAGUGUGGCUCAAAGGAUAAUAUCAAACACAUCCCGGGCGGAGGCAGUGUGCAGAUAAUUAAUAAGAAGCUGGACUUUAGCAGCGUUCAAUCCAGGUGUGGCUCAAAGGAUAAUAUCAAACACAUCCCGGGCGGAGGCAGUGUGCAAAUCGUUUACAAGCCAGUCGACCUGAGCCAUGUGACAUCCAAAUGUGGUUCCCUGGGCAACAUCCACCACAAACCAGGUGGUGGCCAGGUGGAGGUGAAAUCUGAGAAACUGGACUUCAAAGAUAAGGUGCAGUCGAAAAUUGGGUCCCUAGAUAACAUCAGCCACGUCCCUGGAGGGGGCAAUAAAAAGAUUGAGACUCACAAGCUGACCUUCCGCGAGAACGCCAAAGCCAAGACCGACCACGGCGCCGAAAUCGUCUACAAGUCCCCCACCAUCUCCGGAGAUGCCUCCCCGCGCCGCCUUAGCAACGUCUCCUCCACCGGCAGCAUCAACCUGGUGGACUCCCCCCAGCUGGCCACGCUAGCCGACGAGGUGUCCGCCUCGCUGGCCAAGCAGGGCUUGUGAUCGCGGCGCGGCGGCCACCAGGAGAGAAGACAAGGAAAGGAAACGAAAAAGAAAAGAAACAAAAAUAAUAAUCUGGCCUUCUUCCUCUGUUCCUUUUACAGCUGCUUCCCCGUCCCUAACUGGUUAAUGAUUUAACCUGCUUUUACUGUUCAUUCAGCUCUAGCUCCAGGACUUCAAAAUCAGUGACACUAUGAGGUACAAAACCUCCUCUCCCCCUGCUCCUCGGAGCGCACAGCCCGUCCCGUCGCGUCCCCGCGCUCCCCCUGCUCCUGCCCUCGCUGUCCCAGCCCUGCCCGGGGCCCCCCGGCGAGGCGGGGAGGGGGCCCGAGGGGCGGCCACAGCACGACGCUGACCCGAGCACCCCGCACCAGCACAGGGCAGCGGGUGGCCCUCCCGGGAAGGGGCUGUGACCUGGCCCAGCUCGUGUCCUGCCGCUGGCCGGGCUGGGUGCGCAGCCAGGGCUGCGGGGAGGUGCCCUCCCUCCCUCCUUCCCCGCGUUAAAUUUGCCUGCUGAUUUGGAAGAAACCUUUUGUUUUUAUUUCCGAAAGCCGAGAUGUGUAUGAAGAUAACGGCCCCCUAACCCGCUCUCAGCUCCGGCAGCUGGAGUCCCGGCGAGGCCGGGUGCCCGCUCCGAGGGGCCCCGGGCGGCCGUUCCCCUCUCCGUGGCUGUGCUGGAACCGCUGAGUGGAUGAGUAGAGGCUUUUCCCCAUUCCUUUGGCAGCCCCUCGUGUCGUAGAGUAGAUUUGUCUGUAUAUGCUUGGACCGUGCCAGGGUGAUUGUUUUCAUAAACGAGCAUGUGUUUGAAAAAUAAAUGCUGUAAGUAGUUUUGAGCUGCCCCGCGCCGGCUCCGCCGCAGCCCAGCCGGGGGCCCGGGGAGCUCGGGCGGCUCCGGCCGUGCCCAGCCCCGGUGCCGCAGGAGGAGCCCGGCACCGCAUGUCUGCCGGAGGAGGGGCACCCACAGCUCCAGGGCUGGGAUGGCUCCUGGAUUUGGGUGCAGCUUGUGACAUUUUUGGGUUGUUCUUUUUCUUUCCCUGCAAGGUCAGCUCAGCGAUGGCGGAGGUGGCAGCUCCAUGGCUCUGCUGUGCCGGUGGCAGCGGUGAGACCCCGGCCGGACGCGGGGGAGGCGGCAGCAGCUCCCCCAGCCCGGGGCCAGCGGCUGCUCCCUGGCACUGAAGCCCCUUUGCGGGCGCUCCCCGGUGUGAGUUGGCAGCACCUCACCCCUCACACAGCACUGACCACCCCAGCACACUCGGGGACAGGAGCCAGUCGAGUUAUUGCUUUGGCUGCUCUUGUUCCUGUGGCUCCCUGGGGAGCACGAGGAGGUCCCGUGGCUGUCCCUGCCUGCCCCUUCCCUCUACAACCAAAGAGGCCGAGAUGCCACCAGUGCAGCUGUGUGUCCUCCUGCCCUGUCUCCCCCAGGGGCCCCAGCCGAGCUCUGGGGGUUCAGCUGGAGCUGGGAGGGCAGAGGGGGCCCCUGCACCCCCGGGCUGUGCUGCAGGGAAAGCCGUGCUUUCCCAGCAAGGGCUGCAAUCCUGGUCCGACAGGGCUGGCGGGGGGUCAGGGCCCCUGGUUGUCCUUGGGGUGGUGGCUGGGUGCCACCAAGGCUGCCAGAGCAGCUGUUCCUGGGCAGAGCAGCAAUUCCUCCCCGGACAGGACCUGUGGGAGCUGUGAGCCCCCUCUCUCUCGCCCCUGUCCCUCUGCAGGGCUGGGCUGCCGCAGGCCUGGCUGUGGAUGGACAUGGUCUGGGGGUCCAACCCUUCUCUGUGCAGCCCCAGGAGCUGCUUUAUUGCUGGGGAGAGGCUGGUCCAGCAGCACCAUCGUGUCCAGCUUGUCACUCGCUCCGUUCACUUGACUCCAUGAUUGUAAGACUCUGUGCUCCGUCCCUGACUCUGUAGCGCUGUAGGAGCCGCCGCGCUUUUUGUCCUCUGUAGAACGAGCAAGUUGGGAGAACCCUCAAAGCAUCACCUCCUUACCCCUCUGGGCUGCAGGACAGGGUAGCUGAGCUCACCCGUCCUGUGCCACCCCUGUCCCCUCCGUGCAGCCCCUGAGGGACACCAGCACCCAGGGUGGGAUGGCCUCGGUGUGCAGCGAGCUCCAGUGAGCAGCCCCUUCCUACUCUGAGUGUCCUCAGCCCCGGCUGUUGUCCCCCCGGGGGCUGUGGGGUGCCAGGACAGCCCUUUACAGCCACCACGUCACCCGCUGUCCCCUCCAGCAGCCCGAGCCACGUCCCCUGCCCCAACCCUGCCUUCAGACCCAGGCCCGAGGGUCUGGUGAGCAGCCGGACAAAACCCGACCCCCGGCUUCUCCUUUACUCCACACACAUCUUGGGUCUGAAAAGGGUUAAAACCGGCACUGAUUUAAAAAAGAAAAAAAAAAAAGAAUCGUAUUUCUGCACUCCAAAAGAUUCUGCGUGUUAGCCAAGGUCGGUGCCAGCCUGUGUGGUGUUGGCAGCCCCGUGCCCCCCGCGCCGCGCCGGGGAGGGGAGGGAAGGUUUGAUCUCAGUGUAUCAUUCUAGCUUAGCUUCUGUCUGUGGGUGUCCAUAGUGUAUCGUGUGUUUAACAACUGGUUUACACUGUUGCCGUAAAAGUGAAUUUGGAAAUAAAGUCAUUACUACGAUAAUGAUAA